AUUAUCUAAAAUGACUGUAUGCUACAUAAUCUGUGAUGUACGCGAGUAGUGGAUGUUGGUGCUAAAGUAGUCACGUAGAAAUUUCUUACGAUAUUUAGAUGUUUGAAAUAUGCCUAUGUAUGUGUCUGUUGUAACUGCAAGAUACUACUAUGGAUUUAAAGAGUGAUGCUGAUAUAGAUGGGUCUGAGUCAUUUCGACGCCAGGGUUCCUUUCGCAAAGUUCUUCCUUCUGUUCCAAGUGCUGACUCACAACUGAGUAUGUCAGCAAAGAUGAUUGACCGACCAGCAAUAUCAAAUAGAGGACAGCAGAAAGCAUAUAGUCAAUAUCAGCAAGAGUACAGCAUCAUUUCAGAGUAUAAUAUGUUACGCAAGCAAGAGUUUCCAGGAAUUUAUGUAAUUCCUUCAGCCCAGAAUUGUCUUUUAUGGUUUGGGGUACUCUUUGUUAGACAGGGUGUGUACCAAGGAGGAAUAUUCCGCUUCUGCAUUCAAAUUCCAGAGGGAUUUCCAGAUGGUGAAUGCCCAAGAGUUGUGUUUCAAUCAAAGAUUUUUCAUCCCAUGAUAAGUCCUAAUAGUUGGGAAAUGGAUUUAAGGAGUGGUUUUCAAGAAUGGCGUAAGAAUGUUAACCAUAUAUGGCAAGUGGUGCAUUAUGUCCGCAGGGCAUUCUACAAAAUAGAAACUAAAUCUCCGUUAAAUCAGGAAGCAUCAGAAUUAUACAACAAGAAUGAAGAUGCAUUCUGUGAAAAUGUGAAGUUAUGCGUGAAAGCCAGCCAGGAACAAGUGUAUGAUCUUGCACCUACGGAUGAUCUUCAUUACAUCAGUUUCGAGCGUUACGAUGACGAACGGCACAACCCUGUCAGAGAGUCUAUAUUUAAAGUAAAGGAUAAUGAAGAUGAGCCGAGUUCCUUGGGGUUGUCGUGGGUACAGCCUGGCUCCUUGCAGCCCUUCUCCAAGCCCACAUCUUGAUACAUCUUCUUCACAGAGACUUGGGAAUUACAUUUGAGUUAAUUUCAUUGUGCGUUUUUGUACAGGUCAGUAACUUAUAUGCAGCGUUAUAUAUAAAUUUGACUACAUUCAGAACUCUUUGUCACAUCGCAGAAGAGAGAGAUAUAUUAGUUUAACUGAUAUUUAAAAAAGUUUUGUAGUUGUGGAAGUCUUCAGGUUUUCAUCGUGUUGUGUCGGUAGUGCUGCGUAAUUACACCGCGCUGCAGUCUCUUUUUAUGGACAAAGUCUCCUAAUCUGCGCGUGUGUAAUACCAGACAGCGGGCAAUACAAAUUCUUGGGUUCUGAGAGUUUCGUUACCGGUAAUAGACGACGGCUAGAAUAGAAUGCUGAUUUCGCAGAGUCACUGCACUUAUCUAGAGAGAGAUUUGUCCAACAGGUCCGCACCAUCCACGUGUUAUGUUCAGAUGUAACUUUAGGGCACGAGAUCCAUUUCAUGCUUUCUUCUUCUUUGCUGUUUUACUGCUCUGCUAUUUCUGAGUUCUUGGUAUAUACAAAUGUAGACAGUUGAACGUCGAACAUAUUACCUCCUGCCUUAGCUCCCUUCCACUUCAAACGUAUUUGUGCGGAGAGAUGUUGAAAGCAUUACAGUGUGCCAACUAUGGGGCAGAACAUUGAAUUAAGUAUUGGAGGGGGAGAUGUAAGACAGGUUGCCUGUCGUGUCCCUACCCCCUCCACUUUUGACAUCACAGUUGGCAAGCAUGUAUGUGUGUUGAGUAUGUUAUUAUAUGCAUCAGUUAUGUAUUGAUGUAAUUGUACAUAUAUAAACCAAAAGUAUUUAUAUUG